AUGGAUGAAUUGUUUUCUCUAACCUGCUGCCUGCAGGAUCCAGUAAACAUUGAAAUUGAAGAAAUCGACCCCCGUCUCAUUUCCGAAGAAGUGAAGUUGUGCGCACAGGAAUUAAGAAAUCGAUCACGUAAAAAGAAAGCAGAGGAAAAGAAGAAAUUUGAAAGUGAAAGGGAGAAGGAGAGGAUUAGGGUAGGUAAAGAACUGUUAGAGGCAAAGGAAAUGGCAGAAGAACGUGAAAGAAAACGUUUUUUGGCCCAAAGGAAAGCUGAGAAAGAGGAAGAGAGAAGAGCAAGGGAGAAAAUUCGUCAGAAACUUCAGCAGGAUAAGGCGGAAAGAAGGGUGGGACUAGGAUUGCCCAGGGAAGCUGUGGAAGGUGCUACAUCUACAAUACCUGCCACAUCAUUGUUGCAAGGAACAAGGAACUCAUCGACAUAUGACUCUGUUGUAUUGCCUGUUAAGCCUGCUGAAAAAGCGGAACUCCUGAGAGAAUGCUUAAGAACUCUGAAGCGCCAUAACAAGGAGGACAAUACAGUGACAAGGGCAUUCCGAACUCUCUUGAUUUAUGUCAGAAAUGUUGUGAAGAAUCCUGAAGAAGGAAAGUUCAGAAAGAUUAGAAUCAGCAACCCGGCGUUCCAGGAUCGCGUUGGAAAAUUCCGGGAUGCUAUCAAGUUUCUUGAACUCUGUGGAUUCGAGAGAGUUGAGGGAGGCAACUUUUUGUUUCUACCAAGAGAAAAGAUUGACAUGGGGGUGCUGAAAGUAGCUGGAGCUGAGUUGCAGAAUGCUAUAACAAAUCCUUUCUUUGGACUUCUAUCAAGAUAAGUCGCCAUUAAGUUUUCUUCGAGAAUUGACAGCUCGAUGGAUGUACCUCAAAUUGAUUUGAAUCCUUGGUGUUGAAGAACUAGAUAACACUGCAAGAUUGUUCAUUUAUUGAUUUUUCACUAUUGUCUCUCUUACUAUUCAUGGGUCUUACAGAUUUCGAAUGGAAAAUGAAAUUAUUUGCAAAAAUGGGGCUCAAACUCACGCUUGUAUAUACAUAAUUACAUUUAUAUAAACAAAGCAUGAAAUAAUUGACUAUCA